AUGCGCAUGGCUACGUUUGUCUCCUAUUUGAUUGCGCUCUACUGCUUGAGUUUAGUCCAUGCUCAAUCACAGUUGUUAAUCGAAAUCGACAGGGAUCCGAGUUUAGCGGUAGAGGACGACCUUAAACUGCCCAAAAAUACUGCUGAAUGCCCUGUUGACGGAAAUAAUAAUGUAUCUCCUUCAUGCAGUAAAUACAACGCUCUGUUCCUCGGAGGUUGUUGGUGUAGAUGUAGCAGAUCCAGAGGGGAAAAAUACACUUUCUUUGAACCGACCAAUUCUUGCAUGAAAGUCAGCUUGGCUCGUCAGAGAUCAGGUAACUUAGUUUCAUUUGGUUCGCUAAUUACGUACAUUACGUUUUAAUUAAUGUCUUCUCUUUAAAUCUAGUUGCAAAGUUGGAAAUAUAGCAACUAUCAGAUUACCCUAGGUGACAAUCGAAUAGUGGUGGUGGUGUUAUUUAACCAGGGCAUAUGUUUCGAGAGUCAAUUUGUGGAAUCAUGAAACCCUGUCAAUUAAUACAAAGGAACGGAUAUAAAUUUUUCUUUUUAAGUUAACUUGCUCGCUGUGUUGUGGAAAAUGAUGAAAAUGGAUUUUAAUGAUGGUAGAGCUAUUAUGUCAAAAUUUGACCCUUUACAUUUAAGUUGCUAUUGGUCUGCCAAGCAUGCAGCAGUAAAGUGAAAUUUAAAAUAUAGAUCAAAUUUAGGUUUAAUUUUUCAAUCAAAAGCAUGACAAUCUUGGCACCGAGUAGAGUUAAUGAACUUCUCUAGGUUGCUUCUUUUCCAUUUUGUCCGCUAAUUUGCUUAAAUUACACCAUAACAUUCCGUGGAAAAUACAUUGAUUGUCGUCACCUAAAGAUGUAUAAAAUUGUACAAACGAAAAAGUAAAUUGAAAUCCUUCUUUGAUUACUUAUUUGAAAGGUAAUAUUUCAUCAGGAAGAACGUAUUAUAACAAUAUCUCAAUUUUUCUUGAAAUGAAAUACAAAGAACGACAAUGUUUUUGCUUCUUAUGUCACGGUUAAAGCCAUAUCCCUAUCCAAGGACUUGUUAUGCAGCUGUACACCAAGGAGAACAGAUAACUCAUUCUUUUCUCUAUGAUCUAAAAUUUUUCAAUAUUUGACACUUUUGAGAUAUAGAUACUUUAAAAAUUAUACCAGUUGAUUACCUCGAUUACUUUGAAAAUUAUAUAAUGCAUUUUUUCAUUUCACUUUUUAAAAACCGGUAUGACGAAGGAAGUUGCGUCGGCAAGUUUUAGUACUCUUAUCGGUUUAAGGUUCGCGAUUUUUAGUUUAAUUAAUUUUUUUUAUUUUAUCCUAAAUAAGUUAUUGAAGCAGUGAUGCCUGUACAGAACCUACUCCUUGUAAGCCCCGUGCGGUGUACGAGCUUUUUGCUUUUAAAAGCAAGUUUGCAUCUUUGUGAGCAGUCUUCCUUCCUCGUGUAUUAUGCAUACUAAAUUAAAGAGAUUAAAACAAAACAAUAUAAGACAAAAGUGUAACCUUAAUACGUGCAGGCUCUUCAACAACAUGAUAAUACAAGUUGUCUGCCUAUAAUAACGAGGGCUAAAAUGCUUAUGUCAUUAACUUGUGCACAUAAUUUUGAUUUUAUCUCAGUGUAUAACUAAGUAUGGCAUUAUUUAUUUCAUUAUGAUUAUGAUUAUUUAUUAUCGUUUAUUUGCUUUUCUACCCAAUCACUCUUUCAAUUUGUAAAUGAGCUCGUUAUUUAACAUAUCAUACUGACUUGAUUUAUAAUAGGUUCACGUAUUAUACACACGCGUACCAACUCUUAACGAAUAUUUUGAUGGCAGGUAAUCAGCGAAUACUGCGUCAACAUGUCAAUAUCAGGGGAAAUUCUUAUUUUACACUUUUAUUCAUAAAUCAGCGAGCACUAAAAUGGAGUCUUUCAAUUUGUGAUUAACUAGUUAUUUAAUAUGUCCUACUGAUUAGAUUUAUUUUUUGAAAUUUAUUAUUCAGUUAUUUAUUGAUAGUAUUAUAAAUACACACAGGUACCAACUCUUAACGAAUAUUCUGAUGACAGGCCAUCAGUGUAUACCUUAAGGUCAUCACUUUAAUAUCAGGGAAAGUUCUUAUUUUAAACUUUUAUUUAUAAAUCAGCAAGCACCAAAAUUUUAUGGAUUCUUUGGUUGUUUACCGUUGGCCAAAAUAUCAAGUUUGCUUGGAACGUUCAAGGAAGGUCCACUUUGGUCUAUCGAACGGAAAAUUUAAUAAAAGCAGAGUUUCCCGUGGGAAGGUAGUGGAGUUGGAAGACUCCUUCUUCCUCAAUCUAAUGGACCGUAAACAAGCUCGGGAAAAAGCUAAUUAAGAGCGUUAACACACUGAAAACAACCGCCAUUGCUUAAAUGUAGCUUAAGUGAUAAAGUAAAUGCUAGAUGGCGAUCAAUACUAGUCAAGAGUCACUGUAUUGUUAUGUUUUCUCUUUUGUAUGCCGGAUCAGAAUUUUAUUGCAAAGCGUCCAAUUUCAUGCUUUCGGGCUUUCUUCCGUCAUAUUCCGUCUAAAGGUUCUUUAUAUCUUAGUAACGCUUUUUGUCUGGCCUAGUGAAAGGCAAUAGGACAUAGAAUUCCAGCACUGAAUUAUUUCGUUUCCCCGACAAUCUAUAUUUGGCAUAUUCACCCAAUCUUCGGACGUGCAAGGAAAUCGGCUCUGGGGAAAGGCGUGAUGAGCCUCACAUUUUCGAAUGCUAAUUGGCCUUGGCAGUCCGACUAUGGACCCCGUUAGUAAUGGCGCCUCUCUUACUCACUAUCUUGAAUAUUGAUUAUGGGGCAAAGUUGAGAUUUGUGUAAAAAUCACACACAUUUUUUAGCAUCUAAAUGCCUGUUUAGUACAUUGGGCGGGGGGGGGGGGGGGGGGGGGGGUGUUUGCUCCCCAACAGCACGGGGGUAACCAUACAAAAGGGGGUUAAUUUAAUAUCCACCAACCUUUUUUUCCUCUAAAGUAGGAAGGGUUUUAUCCAAACACGGGACAACACACGUCUUGUUUCCACUUUAAACCCGUUAAAAAGGAUCUAUUAGUAAGAGUCUUUUCAUGUGUUUUAUAGUCUCUAUGUGUGGUGUUUAGUGGUGUUGUGUGUUGUCUAGUUGAUUUUUGUAUAUGUGUUGGGAUUUAGUUGAUGUGUGGUGUUGAUUGUUGGUGGGUGGGUGGGGGUGGGGGGGGGGGGGGGGGGGGGGGGGGGGGGGGGGGGGGGGGGGGGGGGGAUGUUUGCUGCCCAACAGUCAGCUGGUAACCAUAGCAAACGAGGUUAAUUUAAUAUGCAGCAAGCCUUUCUUCCUCUAAAGUAGGAAAGGUUGUAUCCAAACACUGGUCAACUACAGUCUCGUUUCCACUUGUAACUCGUGUAAAAUGGACUAUUGCUAAGAGUCUUAUGCAACUUUUGCAUUCACGAUUGAUGAGUAUGCAUUCGUCUAUCGCCCCCUCUUCCGUGAAUUUGCUGUUAUUGUUGUUAUUAUUAUUAUUAUUAUUAUUAUUAUUAUUAUUAUUGCGGGCGACAAGAGGAGCCCGCAAUCCUAAUCUCCAGGUUGUUAUUACGCACGCGUCGCAUGCCGGCAUGUACCCAGCAUUCGUUUGGACAUCCACUAAGAAUGAAUGGAAUGAACAGAACGCAAUUUGAUCACGCGUGUUUUGACUAUCUCUCACGUGAAGCUUACGCAAAGCACAGCGUUGGAGCAAACGCGUUUUGACCUUCGAUCGUUGUCCCCCGCACUCCGUAAUCUUUGGUUAUUACUAGUAAUUAUUGUUGUUGUUGUUGUUUCUAGUCUUAUACUAAUACAUGAGAAAUUUCUGCAAUUUGAUUGGCUCAGAGCAGUGGUAUUUCAGCUUAAUUUGAAAUACCUACAUGUUAGAAUCACUGAUUGGUAGUAUUAUAAACAAAUAUUAGCAUGAUUUGUAAGUGAUAUUUGACAUAAAUACCACUCGUAAUAUUUCCAAAUUGUCUCAAAUUUCUCUCGCUUAACAGCUCGUGAAAUUACGUACAACAAUUUUGAAAUAUCACUGGUGGUAAAAUAUCCCUACAAAUCAUGCUAUUACCUACACUAAUCAUACACUGAGUAAGCACUGAGAGGCCAUCGCGUAUUCGUGAAUCGAUUGGGAAAUAUGCCUACUUAAUAUUUUAUCAUUUCUUAAAUUUUUAUAAAAAUAACAUCGUCGGUCUUCUUCAUUUUAGGAUGUGAUUUACUGUUCACUGGCAAGACAGCUGAGAGCGCAUUAAUUUUUAUUCCCUCAACGGGUGUUACUAAGAAAACCAUCAACGUUCCUGCCAACAAAACAUGCAGCUUUUACUUUGGGGAGAAACUCUACGCGCAUUACAUUGGUUGCGACGGAGCCUGGAGGAAGAUACCAUCAAACAUUGUACAUGAGAGUUUAGAGGUCACUCCUGGUUGGAACACAAGUCAGCUGCAACUCGCGGUGGGUAUAAAGGGUACUGAAUCACACUUCAUGCGAACACCCUUUGUGACAGCCUAUGCCCUAGGCGUUCUCUCUUGCCCAGUUAUCUGCGCAAAGUCUGGUGAAGGCGAGUGUCUCUCGGUGUUCUCACAACUCGCGGUAGAGUCCAGGUUUGACCGUGCCGAAAACGCCUAGGGACAUGGCUAUCUUCAGUUGUUGACAUUUCUGUAAAUGGUACAGUAACAACCGCCAUUUAUGACUUUCUCCACAACAUGCAUGAUCUUCUCCAGGUCAUAAUUCCUUAUUCUACGACUCCUUGUUAAAUGGCCUGCGAAUACAACCGCCUCCCGUCGACUUCCUGCCGCUCGCGAAACGCUUCAUUUGUCAGGCAGCCAUGAAAGACGGCUGUAUUCGCGGACGACUUGUUUAUACGACAACCCGUCACUACGAACAACGGCAAGGGAUUUAAGUAAUAGACUAGUCCAUCUUGUAACGAACUACUUCCAUGUUAAAAAAAGAUGUCGUAUGAAACAAUCAAACAAACAAAUGAACAAUAGACAAACAAAGCAAAGCAAAGAAAGCUUAACAAAUUUACUGCUCAACCAUUAAAUCGCAUAACAAACAAACAAACAACAAGAAAUGCAGCUUAACAGAUUUGCGGUAUUUUUUAGUUAGCUGCUGAUAGUUUGUUCCAUUUUCUUUUUCCUUUCUAGACAAGAGUCAGCAUUUCAUCUUUCCUUAACUUGAACCCCGCUAGGAUCUUUAGAGUCGCAGUACAGUGUCGCCAUUUACAUAACAACACAGUUCACGGCACCUGCGUUAUGUUCAAGGUUCCUGGCAGAAUACAGUGUAAGACCUAUAAUAGAUGUACAUAUCAAACUGAUUGAAAAUUUAAUGGCACACAAGUAAACAAACUAAAAAAAAGAUCAAGCGUUGCAUGAAGUGACCACUAAAUGAAAUAACCAUUUGCAAAUUGGGCUGAUUCCACAGAGACUAGAAACGUUACCUGUAGGCAUUUAUCUUUUGUUUCACUACUAUUCACUAUUAACUCAGUGGAAAGGGAUCUUGACGAUAAUCACUAUACUCAGCUUAGCACUGUGAAUAGGUCCUUUUCUUCUGUUGAUCCACAACAACAGUACCAAAGGAGAUUGGAGCGCUUAACUUGUAAAUUGCCCAAACAACUUGAUAUAAAUUUCUAGCAACGAAGCAUGGGCACCACACUGAUUAUGACUGCUUAAAUCUAAACGUACUAUCUUUGAAAAUGUUUAGGUCCAAUCCCUCAACAGACUCCGUUAAACCAAUCCGCAACUCUACCACCUCCAAUUGUUGAAAUAAACAGCACCACAGCCACACCAACUCGUCCAACAACCACUCGGGCAGAAAACGUAACCACAGGUACACCAGCUGUUUUCACAACUGAGGUUUGUUUGGGUCAUAAAUGUGUUCUGUUUUUUGCGUUUAGACUCGAAAAUUAAGUGAUAUUCUCUAACGUUUCGGUAGUAGAACAAAAAUUAAUAAUAGCAUGAUUUGUAGGUUAUAUUUGGCAUAAAUACCACUCGUGAUAUUUCAAAAUUGUCUCAAAUUUCACUCGCCUAACAGCUCGUGAAAUUACGUUAGACAAUUUUGAAAUAUCGCACUCGUGGUAUUUAUGAAAAAUAUCACUACAAAUCAUGCUGUUACCUAUUCAAAUCAUGGUUAGAAACUUUAAACUUGCAAUUUUGAUUUUCAGGCAGAAAACGUAACCACGGGCACUCCAGCUGUUGUCACAACUGAGGUU